AUGAAGGAUGCCGCCGCGGUUGCCACCAAGGAAUGCGACGUCACCGAGGCCAAGGAAUGCGACGUCACCGAUGGCAGCAAGGCCUGGAGUUCAGUUGGCUUCGGAAGCCACCUUUUUGUGAGGAGAGUCAUGCAAAUCGUCAUGCUCCUUAUUGGUUUUGGUGUGCUGUGGACAUUUCUCAACAAAUCUGCUUCUCCCCUUGAAUUCCCUGCCAUCUCACACCACUUCAUUGAUAACUCAUCAAAGAUCAAUGGUUCAAAGCUAGAGAGUGUUCUAAGAAAUGCAUGCAUGAAGGAUAAGACAGUGAUAGUCACAAAUUUAAAUAAUGCAUGGGCUGAGCCAGGUUCCAUAUUUGAUCUCUUUCUGGAGAGUUUUCGUGUCGGAAACCAGACAAAGAAGCUUUUAAAUCACUUGGUGGUAAUAACAUGGGACCAAAAGGCAUAUACUCGUUGCCUAUCUUUGCACAAACAUUGUUAUCAGAUUGAAACUAAAGGUGACAAUUUCACCAGUGAAGCAUUUUUCAUGACCCCAACCUAUCUACACAUGGUGUGGAGAAAAAUUGAAGUUCUUGGUUCUAUCCUUCAAAUGGGGUACAACUUUGUAUUCACGGACAAUGAUAUAAUGUGGCUUAGAGAUCCCUUUAUACAAUUUUACAAAGACACCGAUAUCCAAAUUUCCUGUGAUAGUUUCAAUGGCAACUCCUAUGACAUGAAGAACUUCCCAAAUUCAGGAUUUCACUAUGUAAAAUCUAAUGACCGGACUAUAUGGUUCUACAAGUUGUGGUUCAACUCUAGGGAAACCUACCCAAAAUUACAUGAUCAAGAUGUUCUCAACAAGAUCAAAAGGGACCCCCUCGUUUCAAAGAAGAAAUUGAAGAUUAGGUUCCUCAGCACAAACUAUUUUGGAGGGUUUUGUGAGCCUAGCAAGGAUUUUAAGAAGGUCUCAACAAUGCAUGCCAAUUGUUGUGUGGGUGUAGAAAACAAAGUCAAUGAUCUUAGGAUUUUGAUUGAGGAUUGGAGGAAGUAUAUGGCAUUGUCUGAAGAUGAGAGAAAUAUAUCACAACCUUCCUGGAGUGUACCUCAAAGUUGCAGGACAUCCUUUCAGCGUAGCAGACAAAGGAGGCAUAUAUAG